AUGCGCGCAUGCGAGCGGUGGAAGGGUGAAGGCAGGCUUGCUAACAGCAACCACCAGGGCGGCGUGUACCAGCAGAUCAUCGAGAAGGUGAUCCAGACUUCGCAGAAUGACUUCGAGGAGUCGGGCGUUGAUCAUAGCACGCUCGACGAGAUGAAGCAGGGCUGGCAAGAGAGGCUGUCCGCUCUCAAGAUCGCUCACUUUCCGUGGGACCCUGCUCCUGAGCCUGUCCGUCAGCCACCUACGGUACCGUCCAACGUAAAGGUUGACAAUGAUAUGCCUUCCGUGUCCGGACCUCAGGAGGCUCUCAACUUCCCCAACGUACCCGUGAAGACAGAAGGAGGAUAUCAGCCCCCAGUUGCUAACUAUCCUCCUGCUCAGACUGCGAACAACGGCUACGGCACUUAUGAUCAAAACCAGCAGCUCGCGCACCAGCGUGCAGCUGCUCUAGUACAACAGCGAGUGCAGCAGCAAGGACAUGUGCAACAGCAACAGCAGAACUUCCCCAACCUGGCGCAACAGGGCCAUCUGCCUCAAAUGCCCAUGCAGAACCAGCAACAGCAGCAGCGCAUGAUGGCGCAACAGCAACAGCAACAGCAACAACAGCAGCAGCAGCAGCAGCAGCAGCAACAUCAACGACCUCCGCAACAGCAACAGCAGGGAAUGCCGCAGCAGCGUCCCCCACCACAAAACCACAUGUACACCUCACAGACUGAUGGUUCGGGUGAUGCUAUGGCUGACUGGGAGGCCUUGAAGGCCGCACGCGCUGCUGAUGCAGUAGAGCGCAUGGCGGCGGAUGACUUCAUGCGUUCUCGCGUUGAUGCCAUGGCUAUGCGUCAGGACAGUGGUCUUAUGGUACCGCUCGAUUCGAUGCCAAAGGGCAAGAAGCGCAAGGCUGCUAUGCGUGUCCUACAGGCCGAGGACGCAGAGGCUUCGUCAAACACACCGGUUCCCGCCCGCUUUGAUGGUGACGACGACGUGAAGCCGGAAGAAGAUCCGGAUGACGCCAUUAAUUCUGACCUGGAUGACUCGGAGGACGAACUCGGGGAUGGCGAUAACAGUGAUGAUGAGAUGGUUGACUACAUGUUGUGCACCUACGACAAAGUCCAGCGCGUCAAAAACAAGUGGAAGUGCACGCUUAAGGACGGCAUCCUGACCACGAACAAGAAGGAGUAA